CCUGCCUCAGGCCGCCCGGGCUCCCCACGAUGGCCACGCUUCUCCUCCUCGGCUUGCUGAUGGCCCCGGGUGCAGGGAGCCACCCUCUGGACACCCCUCACCGUCCGCACGAGCUGCCCCCAGGCCUCUCCAAAAACCUCAAUGCCACCUUCUUCGAUGGGAUGUUCAAAAACGUGGAGAGUGCGACCGAGAUUUUCGACUGCCUGGGCUCCCACUUCACCUGGCUGCAGGCCGUCUUCACCAACUUCCCGGCGCUGCUGCAGUUCGUGAGCGGCCUGCGCUGCGUGGCCGGCCUCUGCCCCCGGGACCUGGAGGACUACGGCUGCGCCUGCCGCUUCGAGAUGGAAGGGCUGCCCGUGGACGAGUCUGACCGCUGCUGCUUCCAGCACCGCAGGUGCCACGAGGAGGCUGCCGAGAUGGACUGUAUCCAAGACGCCACCAAGGUCAGCACGGAUGUCAACUGCGUCAGCAAGAAGAUCACGUGUGAGUCCAGGGACCCUUGCGAGCACCUGCUGUGCACCUGCGACAAGGCUGCCAUCGAGUGCCUGGCCCAGUCCACCAUCAACUCCUCCCUGAGCCUGCUGGACACCGCUUUCUGCCUGGCGCCGCCUGCCGCGGAACCUGCGGAGCCCACAGACGCCAGCCUGGGGGCCCUCUCGGGGGAAGUGUCUGCUGAUACUAGAGCUGACCAGCUGACCACACUCCCCAGGACGAGUCAGCUGACCACUCUCUCCGGGACAAAACCAUUCCCAGACCAGGAGGGCACGGAAGCCGUGAGGACCACAACCCCUGCAGGGUCCGCGGAGAUUGCUGCCACAGCUGGAGGCGUGGCUGCGGUCCCCGGCGGCAUGACACCUUUGGGGCUGGCCGGGCCGUCCGUCAGAAGCCGUCCUGAGGAGACGACUGGGAAAGCCUGUGCCAGGUCCGCCGGCCUGGCCCUGGGCGUGGGGGAGGACACCCGGGUGACGCCGCAGCUGGGCCAGAUGCUCCUCUGCCUGACCGCCCGGUGCCCCGAGGAGUUUGACUCUUACGGCUGCUACUGUGGGCAAGAAGGACGCGGCGAACCCAGGGACGCGCUGGACAGGUGCUGCUGGUCCCACCGGUGCUGCCUGCAGCAGGUGCAGAGGCUGGGCUGCCGGCGUGGGAGGCUGCCUCGGCUGCCGGUGGUGUGCGCGGAUGGCACCCCUAAGUGUGUGGGCCGGAGCCUGUGCGAGCAGCUGCUCUGUGCCUGUGAGCAGACGGCUGCCGAGUGCAUGGCGUCGGCUUUCUUCAACCAGAGCCUCGCGUCGCCGGGCAGCCCGGAGUGCCAGGGCCCCCCAGACCGCUGUGAGGACGGCGGGCAAGGAGUGCUCUCUGCGGCCUCCCUGGGCUCCAGCUCUGAGGAGAACAGUGAGGAGGUGCUGCCCCCCGCCGCCGCACACGGGAGAACCAGGAGGUUUCUGGGGAGGUCACCUGGUCCCGUGGGGGCCAGCCACACCCUGGCCCCAGAGCGAGCCCCAGAGAAAUGACAGCACACCUGCUCCGGGCGCCGUGGGCCUGAGCUGCCUCUCGGUCGUCCUCUGAGCAGAGGAUUGGGAGAGACCUGGUGCCCGCUGUUCACCUGGGAGCGCCCCC